CGAUUGGCUCGAGGAGAAUCGGGCGUGUACACACCUAUUUGUUUGAACCAAAAUGAAUUAUUCUAGAAUUUAUCCAUUAUUAUAAAAUAUCAACGAAACAGUUAAAUUGGUUUGAAACUGAACAAAAUACAGCGUGCGGCUACAACCAAAAAUUUGGUUAUUUGGGAACGGUUCGGUGAUUGCCAUCCAGUUUGACGUUCAACAACCCGACGUCACACAACCUGCAAUGUACCAACCUGAUCCGGCGUCAACUGCUGGGCUGGCGUUUCAGUGGCGUUUCUCGGGCACUUGCUGUUCAUUCCAACCUAAACGACUUCCACCAUUUUCCUGCCGAGUUUCGAGAUGAAUGAAGCUGACGAGCAUUCCACUGUUCAAUUCUAACCAGGAAAGUGGACGCGCACGGUACAUAUUUCCGUGCGGUUCCGACAAUCGCAACCGAACCGAGUGCGUGCCUUUUCGUGACGAUUUUUUGCACCCUUUUGCGUGUGUGAGUGAGUGAGUGUAUGUGCGCAGGGGGGCAGGUACAGAAGUCAUUCAACCUGAAACAAAAUCGAUGCACCGCCGCCGCCGUCGCCGUCGCUGCGUUGUGCAAUUUUUGUUGUAGCUUUCAGUGUGUUGUGUGUGUGCGUGCGUGUACGUAUGUUUUCCGGAAAGAGGAAAAGAAUUUAAAGUUAAUACUGGCCCACAAGCUGCUAGAGUCUUGAUGAAUGCGAUGAAAAUAGCGUGCGGAAAUUAGUGAAUCGGAGGAGACGCGUUAACCCAUUCACCUGUGCCUGCAAUUCUAUUCCCUGUGCAUUCCACACGGGUGCGUUUGUAUGUGUGUGUAUUUGUGUCGUUUUUCGUCAUUCUACCGAUUUGAUUGCGAAAAAAGAAGUGAAAAGUGUUCUCCGGAAAGAGGGAAAACCCCCACAACAGUGACCGACAUACAUCUUUGUGCGACAGUGUGCCCUGCUGUCCCUCCCCAGUUCGGGUGUUAGCAGCACCAUCAUCAUCAUCAGCAGUGUAAUUUUCUCGCGGCGGUAGAACGAAAAGAAGGGUGAAGGGCGAGAGCGCUAAAUAGCUAACUGUAAGGGCCGGUUUCUUCAUUUGUUUCGCCCGUCGUCACCAACACUAGCGCAUCGGCGAAGGCGCGUUGUACGCGAACGUGCAACCGGGUGACGCGAGUAUGGAACGUCGUGUUUUGUUGCGCUGGUGUCGUUACGCAGGAUAAUAAAAGUCUUCCGUUGGCGUCUAGUACCAAAAGAGUCGUUUCUAUUCGUAAGAGUUUAAAAAUUUAAACCGUUUUCGGUAGUCCACGUGUGCGGCGGACGCUUCAGUUGCUAGGGGCAACAACAAUCCGUGUAUACAACUGUGUGCCACACAUUUGCCCCAUUUGCUAAUGACGACAGUAGCAGCAGCAACACCAGCAGCACCAACCAUCACCACCAUCAUCACCACCACACCACGGUCGUCUCGAUGGGCACGAUGAUGGAAACGGAAUCGGUCAAGUCGGAACCGGGCAGCAAAAGCAGACGAUCGCGCACAUCGCAAAACCACCAGCAGCAGCAGCCACCGUCACAGCAGCAGCACAGUACGCUCGGUUCGCACCGGACGCGCCAUUCGCACCGGAGCAGCAGCAACAACCAUUCGCGCAGCGGCAGCAACAACAAGCGCCCCGACAUGGCCCCGUUCCAGACGAGCGUCAACCUGGGCGACGACGGGCGGGACGGGCAGGAGAUCAUCGAGGUGUCGAUCCUGCCGCAGGACGAGACGUGGGGCGACAACACGACCGCCAUCACGGGCAACACGUCCGAGCAGAGCAUCUCGAUGGAGGACGUCAGCUACUUCCAGAUGGCGGACGACCGGGGGGUCGGCUUCGCCUGCCAGCGCUACCUCGAGCGGGGGCUGGCGGUGAUGCUGUGCGCGGUCGCGUUCGUGAGCCCGCUGGCCAUGGUCGUGCUGCCGCGCGUCGGCUUCUUUCCGGCCGCGUUCGAAAGCCUGGACCUGUCGCAGAACGAGCGGCUGCGGCUGCUGGCCUGCAAUGCGGAGUGCAAGGGCAUGCUGGUGUCGCUGGCCGCCCGGUUGCUGCUGCUCGCGAUCGGGCUGUGGGCGCUGUUUCUCCGCCAGCCGGCCGCCAUCAUGCCGCGCAUCUUUCUGUUCCGCUCGUGCGCCCUGCUGCUGGUGCUGAUCUCCUCCUUCGCCUACUGGCUGUUCUACAUCGUGCAGGUGACCGAGGGCGCCCGGGCGAUCGUGUCCGGCUCGUCCGUGGUCGACUAUCGAACGCUGGUCGCGUACGCCACCAGCUUCUGCGACACGCUGCUGUUCGUGCAUUACGUGGCGGUGGUGCUGCUCGAAAUCCGCCACCUGCAGCCGCUCUACCACGUGAAGGUGAUCCGCAGUCCGGACGGCGAGUCGCACAGCUACAGCAUCGGGCAGCUCAGCAUCCAGCGGGCGGCCGUGUGGGUGCUGCAGCGGUACUACACCGAGUUCAGCAUCUACAACCCGUACCUGGAGCGGCUGCCCGUCUCGAAAGCGCAGCGGAAGGCGGCCGCCGUCUCCUCCUUCAAGUACUACGACGUGGACGGGGCGACGCCGGCCCAGCAGCAGAGCCAAUCGCGCGCCGUGCUGGCGGCCCACGCCCGUCGCCGCGAUUCCUCCCACAACGAGCGCUUCUACGAGGAGCACGAGUACGAGCGGCGGGUGAAAAAGCGCCGCGCCCGGCUGGUCACCGCGGCCGAGGAAGCGUUCACGCACAUCAAGCGCAUGCAGCAGCCGUCCUCCCCGCAGCAGCAGCAUGAUCAGCAAGGUGAUGGUAGUGGGGCGGCCCCGCCCGCCAUCCCACUCGACCCGCAGGAAGCGGCCCAAGCGAUCUUCCCCUCGAUGGCGCGCGCGCUGCAGAAGUAUCUGCGCGUCACCCGCCAGCAGCCGCGCCACACGGUCGAAUCGAUCCUGAAGCAUCUGGCGCACUGUCUCAAGCACGACAUGUCGCCGCGUGCCUUCCUCGAGCCGUACCUGGUCGAGGCGCCGGUCCUGCAGAACGACAAGGAGCGCCGCACCAACCACAACUGGGCGCUCAUCUGCGACGAGCUGCUGUCCCGGCCGCUCUCCGACGGCUGCACCUUCCAGCUGAUCCAGAACGACGUCUCGCUGACGGUUUCGAUCCACCGGAUACCGCACUUCACCGUCAGCGAGGAGGUGGUCGACCCGAAGUCGAACAAGUUCGUGCUGAAGCUCAACUCCGAGACGAGCGUGUGACCGCGUGCGGUGCGCAACCGGAAAGGCGGGGCCGCACCGCCAGUGGCCGACCAGUGGCAGCGGGCCGAGAUUUUGCAGCAGCUAAACCAUCUGCUCGUUACUGGCAAGCGUCGCAAUCGGAAGAUUCAGGACCGGUUGGUUUGAAUUGGGGACGCGCGCGUGAGUGUAUGAUUUAAGUUAGCACAAAAGGACACAACUCUUGGCGGAUAUUGUGUAAUGCGAUAAGAGAAGCUAGUUUUUUUAGGCAGCUUGGUCCAUCCCGUUCAGUUUUGACUCGCCAAAGAGCAGUAGAUAGGGUAGCACGCGUCGCAGGGAAUCGGAAGCAUCAAGCAUCCACCAAGCAAAGGGAACGACAAGGGGACGCUACCCCACAUAUCCAAGACACACAUUAGCUUUUAAUGAUAGGAACUUUGUCUCUAUCGCUCUCUUCCUCUCCUUUACACAGAACAGAAACACGCACUCCCGUUGGUGUGCAGAGAAACGGAAUUCAGCAUGGAAAGAGACCCCCCGAAGGGAUACGGUCCGCGCCACCCAGGGUGGCUAAUGACGACCGUUGGGGUUGGUGUUGGUGGCUUUUGCCUUUCUGGACGACACGUUUAAUGAAGACACACACUCUGGUAGAAGUGGACGAUCUCUUACGGUGGUGCGCGCACAAACGCACCUAACCCAAGAAUCAUUCCGUCGAUCGAACUCUCAAACGAGUGUACCCCUUAAGUUUAAUUCGUUUUUGAUCGUAACGAGCCCUGCUUUUUAUUGCUCCCGGGAAUAUUUGUUCGACGCUUUGGGAAUGGCACAGCCAUGAGAGCCCCAUGAUGGCACACAACAAUGUGUGUCUGUUUGUCGUUCGUUUCGUUGUUGUUUAUUGGAAAACAAUCGACUUCCUCCUCGGCGGAAACACGACGUCAACGAAGCAUCUUUUGUCGUUAAAAAGCAUCCAGCCCCUUUCCAUCCGCCGUCUUAAUUAUUCGCCAGAGCUCUUUCUGCUAGACAGUGUGCUUUCGUCUCGUUGCUUCAGACAUUGAUGGCUUCUCAAUCUUCCCACCGAAUCCAACAACACGAUGGCUGCUUUUCACCAUUUCUUUCCCAUCAAUUUCCCGGCCAAACUGUGAAUCGAGGGAGAGAAACACACACACAGGUGUUUUCUCGCGAGAUAGUGUAGCCCUAAGACCUUCGUACAAGCGCUUCUUUGUAGAGGCGCUUUUGAAUCGAAUGGCAACCGGGACGAAUCGAAUUUGUUGCUACCAUACAGACAACAGCACAGCCGUGUGUUCUUCGACUCACGAUUCUGUGAAGAAUUUAAAGGAAGAAGCGAUUCGAAUCAAAUACAGCCUGCGGACGGGAAACAACGAGUACAACCGAGUGUGGAAAAUUGGAUUCGCGCGCGCAUCCUUUUGCUUCCAUCAAUCAGCACACGAUCGGCCCGGGUUGGUCUGUGAAAUUAGGCUGUACGAUAUUUAUGGGAUGAUGUUGCUCUAUCGCGCCUCUAGCAGGAAUUCCAUCAUCUUGGGAGCUCGCGUAAAAGCUUCCACCUGAAAUUAGCGAUGCAAAUCGUGUGUCUUAGAAGAACGUAUGUCUAGCUGCUUGCUGCCUCUUGUCCCCGCCGGUUGGGUCGCUUGGCAAAUUAAUAUGUAACGCUCGUUCAAGACAUACAUUCCUUGUUUUAUCAUCUCGAACAAUGUUUCUUCGGUGCUACGUGUGUGCCGCCAGGAAGUUUUGCUAGGCGGCGCAAAUCGUCCACUAUAAUGUGUCGCGUAGUAUUUUUUAUUUUUGGGAACGAUCAUCACGCAGCAGCACCAGCACCAGUAGAUGGAAAUCAAAUGGUAGGCGCAAUCCAAGAUCAAAGCAAAAAGCCCGCGGCCACAAUCGCAAAUCGCCCAUUCCUCUUAGGUGGAAGUAAGAGAGGAGAGUUUCUGCGGCUUUUUGGACCGCUCAUGUGUGUGUGUGUGUGUGUGAGGAGGGUGAAUAAAUUGGACCGAUCGGAAGGGAAUGGGUGAAGAUGGUCCGUGCAGUACAGGCGACGCUGUCUCCCGUGUGUGGUACGUUAAAAGGGAGGGGCAAAACAGAAGAAAAAAAACGAUAGCGAGCGCUGAAAACUAUUAGUAAGAUUUGCAUAUCAUUUACUAAUCAAAUCAUAAUCCCACCAGCUAAUAAUAAUCGUACGGUAUGGCAGCGCGGUUUCUCUCCGCGGUGCCUUCUGAUGCUGCCGAGGCCUGCGACAUGCCGGUGGAUUAUUAUUUCAGUUCCCAGCCGUUGGAUUUUUUGUGUGAUACAGUAUGGAAAAAACGGCCACAGGAGGGAAAAUCCUGCUUUAAACUAAAGAUAGCGAUCGGUAAGGGAAAUGUACUUGCAUUUUGAUCCGGACUGCUACUGCAAUUAAUGGCCAAGCCGGAUGUGGAAUAGUAACAGCUAGAUAAGCCCGUCAAUGAGAGCCACUUUCACUGCCGGCUAAUAAGUAGUUCCUUAAAUAUUGUAUUUUUUAUUGAUUUUUGCUAUUCAAGCCCGCUUCGGAGGCAUGUUUUUGUGCUUCAAAAUAACGCAAUUACUCUCUUCCGUCUCUGUAAUAAGCAACCACAAGCGCACAGCAGAAAACAGCAGAAAAAGAAGGCCAAAGUAUCGCUUCUCGAUCAAAGAAUGGCGAAAAUCAAAUUAACUCGGGAUCGUCACCUUUUGCGGGUCGGCCGGUCGCCCUCUGUGUGAACCCCAAAAGCUUGUCUCCUCCCUGUGUGGAGGAUAAUUUGAUGAUCCCGGGAGCAGCACAGGGUUUUGGUUUUUGUGGUUUUUGUUAAUUUUAUCUUGUUCCCAGCGAUUCCCGUCGUCGCUCCGUGACACUUUGGAGGUUUCUUCUUUGCAGGCCUCCGCUGUAUGUUGGAAUGUGGCUUCGAGUUUAAACCCGCACCGGAAGCAAUCCAAUAGCGAUGAUGCGCUUCACCAUUAUGGUCGGUUCGAUUAUGGGUCAUCAUUGUUUGGUGAAUGAUUGUGUCCCUUUUUGUUUUCAAAAGCCCAAACACAUAUAUUCGAAUUUAACAUUCUAAUAUCCAGUUGAAAGUAUUUUGUUCAAAAACGCAUACCUUCCUUUCACAGGUGGCUAACACCCAUUCCCUUGUUCGGACGUUUCCCCAGAUGAAAUGCAACCUGCCUCGCUCUCUAGCCUCUUUUUCCUUCCCGUCCGAUAAGCCAAAGUUUCCGGGUCGGCAUCGGAAAGUAGCGCACCCCUGAAGAAAGGCGAUUUGCUCUUUGCCGCCUCAUCCCCCGGCCAUUCGCUUAUCUGCCGUCAAAAGGGGCUACCUACCUGCGCCCAACGCUCGACCCAGGCAAAAUCCCAACAGGCAUGAGCAAUUGUGCAAUCGAUCGGCGCGGUCCCUAGCGCUCGCCACACAGAUGGCAUCAGGAAGGGCAAAGACUAUCUCCGUCCCGAGCAGGCGUCUUUUUUUUUCUCUCUUCUCUGUUCUGUUUCGAUUUUUCCUCAAUUCCCCCUCAAAAUUUAACACACCACCACCGCCACCAACCGCCAGCUCGCUCUAAUCAUGGUGCGCUUGAUCCGUUUUGUUCUCUUGCGCCAAUAAUGCGCCACAACUUCACGCAGGGGGUGUUCCUGCGGGUUUUAUGGACAAUCGUGACUUUUAUUACCAAUACACACACACACACACACACACACACACACACACACACACACACACACACACACACACACACACACACACACACGUCGAUAACAACACAACGGACCGAAGCGCAACCGACACCGGGGAUUGUAAUUUUGUUUAAUUUUUCUCUCCUCCCGUCGUUUUCGGUCGUUCGUCGUUCUCGACCGGGCACGGUGGGAAAUGUGUAUGUGUGUGUGUGUUUGCUUUAUAUUGGAUUUUCCCCCCUCUUUGCACCAGCACCCCAGUGCUUGUGUAUCUUUGUUUUGGAAAUUUUCGACGCAUUCCUGGCAAGAGGGUCAAACUCUCACACCUCGAAUUCGACAUGCUGGAAUAUAUUCUUUACCGUCUGAUAUAUUAAGUACAAAAAGCUUGACUAUAUCAUCGUCCCGAGCAAGAAUAAACCACAAGAGCACAAUCGGUAGCUUUAGUGUCAAAGAGAAGAGCAACACACAGUCAAGACAAACAUCCUCCGGGGAAGCGGGUGCCGGAAUAGGUAGGUGUUACCCUCUCUCGAUCAGCCCAUAUAUCGCCAUCGUGCCAUCGAAGGUCAAUUAGCCUUUUGCCGUCGUGGAAUCCGACGCGGCCCUUUUCCUUUGUGCGCUUCUUUUCGUUCGCUUCCCUUCCCUGGACGAACCAGCAGCAGCAGCACACCUUUCCGGUUGCGUGAUUGCGACCGUUCGUUUGUUCUACCUUCGCCGAUCCAUCUCCAGUGAGUCACACAGAAGUCCACCGAAGAAGAGUCCCCGUAGAUAGCGCUCUUGAUAUCAAACCUACACGCCGCGGGGAAAAUGGUAACCGUUUUUCCCUGCAAGACAAAAACAGCCCCCAAUCUGUCGCUUCGUUUUAGCGCCUUUCAUCAAGCAUGUGAUCAUCGGACGUUGCUUUUCCACUUCUUUUUGUUCCCGAAACAAUCUUCAAAAUUAAACCCACAAUAUGGUGGGAAGUAACCCUUCGAACGUUUUUGUGUUUUUUCAACAAGAGCAUCUUCUUGACCGUACAAGAACGGCCAAGGAAACGGCCCAUUGACUUUCGAUGUACCAAAAAAAAACAACCCCUCUGCACACACUGAGCAUGCCACAGCACAGCAACAACAAUCAUUAGUUUUUCCUCCCAUCCCGGCGUGUGGGAUUUUUGGCUUUUGGGGCGUGAAGCUGCCGGCGCGCGCACGCUGGGUGGAAGAAAAACGGCACAAAGGUAAUCACAUAAGUGGCCACUUCCGUCACGAUCCGCGGAUGGCGACAGCGCAAACGACGCGCUUGUCGAUGGCUUGUUUGUUGUAGUAGCGGUGCCUGCCUGCCUGCCCUCUCUUCCUGCUUUCCUCUUGAAUGUCCAAAAAUGCCACGGAGUCGUCCACUACUACUACUGGCCUUAAACCACUGUAGGGUGUCUCUGUAGGGGUUUUGUUCCAUCAUCUUGCUCUGCUGGACAGUCAUCUCUUUCCCUUGUCAAAAUUGCUCAAUAGAAGCCGUGCUGUGUGUGUGUGUCGUGUUCCGUUCCUGUUUUGGACUUUCUCGAAAUGGAUAAUUUCAGAAAUCAUCGUUGGAAGUCGAUUCGAAAAAAAAGGUCACGCGGAAAAGGGAGGAACAGCUUGUUCUUCAAACCCAACUCAAGCAGCGUUGAAGAUACUAAAAACAAAUCAUUGUGGGUAGACUCUUUUGUUGCCUUUGUGUCUUACUGGUAGUAAUCUUUCGAACAGUCACUCUAAUCACACUUGUAAUUAUUAACGCCAAAAUAGUUCCACUAAACGGUAUCGCGUGUGUGUGUCUGUCUGUGUGAAGAGUCGUUAGAAAAGAGAGCAAGAGACAAUAAUUUAAAGUAUUUAAAAAAUGUACUUAAAUCCCAAAAGACAAUUCUUAAUUGACCAAGCAAAAACAAAAAAAAACGCACCAUCUCACGACCUACAUAUCCUGCUUUUCCCAAAUUCGCGCUAUCACCAACUGAAACAGUUUCUGGAGCGUAUCAAAACACACACACACAGUGUUUUUAACACCGAUAUAAAUUCGUUUAUUUAUGAGUGUGCAGUUUGUAAAGCUGCCGAGCAGAAAUAAAAACCACAAAGUAGAAUGAUGAUGAAAGAUUAGCAAAGUCCAAACAUCCACACCUAACAUACCACCACACACCACCAAACAAACCGAAAAAGAGUCGGAAGCCAAAACAAUGCUGCUGCUGCGCGUCAUUGACAAAAACUAGCGAGCAAAAAGGAGAGCAUUGGAAAAUAGCGAUAAAUUAAUUGAAAUGGAUUAUAAAAAUCUUUCCCGGCGGUUUACGGUACCAUCGACGUACCGAAACUAAUGAAAUCCAGCGCCCACUCGGUGGUGUGUGUGGUUUUUACUUUUUGCGAAACUUAUCAUUUGACCCAGUGAAUAAGCGAGUGAGUUUCUAAACAAACGGAACACCCUCCCAGCGUGAGGGCAUGGCACAGAAAGUAAUGAUCAUAUAAAAAAUUAAUUAAAUAAAUUCGCAGAAAUGACCACCCGCGCACAUUCGAAAGCGUAUCACUGCACGCCUCCUGCCUAGUGCUAGUGCGCACGAUCAAGUUAUUAUCUUUAGGUAAGAAGCGGUCAAUUCUCCGCGUGUGGUGUGUAAGGUUUUGCUAAAUCAUUACUUUCCAAUUCCAUUCCUAUCGCCUGUCUCUCCUGCUUUAAUAUCAAGGACUGUGCAGAAGAGGUAGACUGAAGGAAGGAGUGAGUGGAGGAGAGUAGCACAAUUAUCGCGACUGUAACUGUAAUUGCUAACGGGCACAAAUAGUAUUUGAAUAAUUCAUAGAUCAAAAGCAACUGAAAUGCAACAUGAAAAACAUGAAAAUAAAAGGCUGACAAUACACACGAGACGACGGUGUAGCGACACUUGAUGAUGCACUGCCACCUCACCUUUUGGAUAGAUCUGCAUCUGUAUUAAACAUAAACUAGCAAGUAUUCGAAACAUUUCCCUUCAUAAAUCUCGUUCACAAACGCAACUCACGCACAAUUACACCUAUUUCAAAUAUACAAUAAGCCAGAAGGGGAAAGAGAAAAGAAAACAAAUCAAUUACACGAGGAACAGGGGGGUGCAUUUAGCUGAUGAGCACCAUGAGAGGUAAAGCGAUUUAUUAGGAAAUUGUGUUAACGAAAUGCAUGCGGUUUGUGGUGUUCUCGCGAGUGUGUGAUAAAGAUAUGUGAAAAUUUUCAAAUAGAACAAACAAAAAAUUCUUAAACGCAUCUCUUAUCAAUGCAACAAUGCUAGGUGAGGUGUGAACGAAUAUUCUUUUCCUUGCGUAUAUACAACAAACAAACGAAAAGGAACGAAAAGGCGCUUAUUGCCACCGACUGUACUUACUGCUACUUUAGAUAAGAUAGAUUUAGAAUUAAGCAGCAAAUGUUUUGUUUUUUGCUAAACAUUUUAUAUCCAGAUAUUAUCCAUCCUUCCUGCAUAUAAUUCUUAGGGCAAGCAAAAGAACGUUGCUGACUGCAAGUGUGGUUAGCUGAAUGAUAAUUUAUUAACGGAAAUCUCCAAUCCAAUUGACACGAUAUAGGUUUACGAAUUGAUACAUUUUACCCUUAAUUCUUAGUUAACUAUUUUAAUCCUCUUCAAGCAUUUAAGAUUAAGCGAAGAAAACCACAAAAAAAACUGCACAAGAGCGAUCUUUGGCGCAGUAGCAACUAUACAUCAUCCCAACCAAUACUCCUUUACUCGUACUAUUUACGGUUAAGAUAGCAUUAAAAUAAUGACGCGCGCUGAGAUUGCAUAUGCAGUUCCAGCGCAACCAGUGAGACGAAGACAGAAAAGGGAACAGAGUGGAGCUGAGAGGAUCAGUGUAGCACAAUAAGACUUUUUUUCUAACGAGAUGGAAUUAGAAGGGAUAGAAGAAGCAAGAAAAAAAGUGCGUUUUGUGUGUGUGUGUUGUAUUUGAGGAGGAGCCGUGGAUGACGAUGGAACCGAAGUCAAUGAAACUGAAAAUAAACAAAACCCGAACAAAGUUUUAAA